AUGUCAGAGGAAGAAGUACUGGAACUAUUCAAAGAAUGCUUGGUAGGAAAUAGAAGGGUCUUGGAUGAAAGAGAAACAGAGUAUUUCUGGCUGCGCACACAACUCAUAGGAUGGAGUGCAAAAGAAGAGCUCACGAUAGACACCGUAUACUCUGCCUACAUAACUGUCUAUAAGAAACACUGUAAAAUUAUCCAGCUAAUUGAAAAAACAGACAAAAAGCUAUUGCUACACAACCUGCAAGCGAACAUAACAGAAAAAGAGCUAAAUGAUAUAUUGAAACACCUUUAUAAUAAAUAA